AUGUCGUCUUCGGCCUUUCCUUCGCUGAUGGCGCUGCGACAGACUCUUCGCCGCAGCGUCGCCGUCGCCCCUUCGCACCUCGCCGCAUCCACAUCGGCCUCGGCCUCGGCCGCGCGCACAAGCAGCCUCCACACCACGUCCAGCCGCACCAACGCCGCCGUAGACUCGCAGCCGUCCACCAGCUCCUCGUCGUCACCCUCGUCCCCGGCAUCCGCACCCAUCGCCUCGUCAUCCGCCCCAGCGUCGUCUUCCUCGUCCGGCGCCACCCCGCCGGAUGCCACCGCCGCCGCAUCUGCAAAUGAUGGCCACCUGAAUCUCGACAGCCUCCAUGCCGAGUUUGGCUUCGAGCCCAACUCCACCGCGGGCCUCUUUGCCGACAUGGACAGUGCUGCCGACGUCAUCGCUGUCCCGACCAAGCCCUCGCUCGUCCACGUUCGCCUUUCCUACCUGUCGCCGUCGACCAAGCCUCUGAGGCCAGUGACGGCUUCGACCGCCACCACUGCGCCCGCCCCGGCAGCUCCGGAGACCGCCUCCGCCGAUGCCACCGCCACCGGAGGCGACGCAUCUGCCUCGACCUCUUCCUCAGCCCCAGACUCAGCGUCACCCUCUGCCGCCGACGUCGCCUCGACCAGCACCGUGGCGACGCCCGUGCCCACCCGCAUCCGACGGCCGUCACCGCGCUACGUUCCGCUCUCGUCGCACGUCUUUGACGCUCCGGCACGCCGCGACGUCCUCCACUCUGCCGUCGUCUACUACCUCGACGCCCAGCGCUCCGGCACCGCCUCGACCAAGACGCGGUCCGACGUGCGCGGAUCCAAGAAGAAGCUGCGGCCGCAAAAGGGUUCCGGCCAGGCCCGUCUCGGUACCAUGUCCAACCCCAUCCUCCGCGGCGGUGCCGUCGCCCACGGUCCCCGCCCGCGCGACCACUCGACCCAGCUGCCACGACGGGUGCGCGAGCUGGCGCUCCGCUCGGCCCUCUCGGCGAGAUGGAGGGAGGGCAACCUGAUCGUCGUCCCCAGCUUCGACUGGAUGCCCCCGCCGGGCUCCACGGGUCCGCUGGCGCGCCUCCUCGCCGCCAAAAAGUGGACCGACGCGCUGUUCCUCUCUGCGCCGCGCAACCCUUCGCCCUCGACGGCGGCCCUCUCGUCGCCGCUGGACCGCCCUUCGUCGUCGGACCCGGUGUACACGAAGGCGCAGAGGAGGGAGCACACGGCGUCGCUGCGCAACUUUGCCCUGUCGUCGUCCAACUUGCCGCGCAUCGAGCUCAUCGAACUCGACGCGCUGACCGAGGAGGCGAGGGAGAAUGCAAAGACCGAGGAGGAAAAGAAGCGGCCGGGCGAGCUGCACGCCUACGAGGUCCUCAAGAGGCAGAAGGUCAUCUGCGACCUCGGCGCCAUCGAGUGGCUCGAGGAGAAGCUCGGCGGCGCCAUCUGGCACGAGCAGGCCCAGAUCGAUGGCCUCAUCCUCGACCGCGGCGAGGGCGGCAUCGAGUCCCAGUCUCUCAGGCAGAUGGAGGAGGAGCUCGACCAGCAGAUCGUCGACGCCGCCACUGCCAACGCCUCGGCCGCCCCGACGCCCGCCCCGGCCCCCGCUGCAGCGGCAUAG